UCUUGUCUAGCUAGGUUUUGGUGCGACACAACAUGGCUAUAGUUACACUAUGCUCUAAAAUAUUUUACAAAGAUCUAGCUCUACCUACUCCCAGAGUUAUAAGAGGGGACAGAGUUAUUUAUCAUGUGAAUGAUUUUUGUACAAAAGCGAAGGCAAGACUAGGAGAUAAUAAGUUUUACAUGAUGCAUGUCCGGAGGUUCAUGCAACUUCAGACCAGUAUUAAGGCAUAUGCUCUUCAUAAGGCAUAUAACAUGGAAAGUGAUCCUAAUUCUGCUCGACAAAAUGAUUCACAAAUUGGAAAAUUGCACGAGUUCUCCUAUGCAUCAGAAUCAAGAACCAGUGGGAGCCAUCUGAAAAUAUUAGACUCCUAUUUUAGCAAGCUUCAACAUGAAGAAAGUCAGCAGCAAACUACCUCCAUGUGUUCGAGCGAUCUUGAAGCUGUUGUUGAAGACAAUAAGAUGGAGCCUGUGUCAAAGCUUCCUAACAAAAUGAUGGAAUCCAUUGGGCAAAAUGAUCAAUUCAAUACUAGAAAGGAACUUUGCUCUCUUGAUAUUUAUAUCCGCAAGCUUAACAGAGAAGUGAACUCAAAAAAGAAUAGUACACCUAGUCCUGAUGGCGAAGCUACUGAAAGAAAUCUGGUAAGAACACUGUAUCAUGACAAAGAAAAUGAUGAAAUAAUUGAAAAGAGGAAACGGAACCCUGAUAUGCAGUUGGGACCUAAGGAUGAUUGGAGUAAUCCACAGAAUUCUCAUGGUCUACAGCCAUAUGAUGAGACCUCUGAUCUGUAUUUGAUUGGUAUAUUGGCUUCUAUAAAUAUUGCUGUCUUUAUUUUUGAGAUAGCAAGUCCUGUUCGGUAUUCCGAUGUGGAGCUUUUUUCACUUCCUCUACUAUAUGGGGCCAAGAUAAAUCAAUUAAUUCUGGUUGGAGAGUGGUGGAGGCUUGUGACACCAAUGUUUCUGCAUUCUGGAUUUCUUCAUGUUGGGCUCGGUUGCUGGGUGCUUCUUACAUUUGGGCCACAAGUUUGUAAAGGAUAUGGCUCAUUAACAUUUUUCUUGAUAUACGUACUUGGAGGAAUUUCUGGAAACUUGACAAGUUUCAUUCACACACCAGAGCUAACUGUUGGUGGAACAGGUCCUGCCUUUGCCAUGAUUGGGGCCUGGAUGAUCUAUCGGAUUCAAAAUAAAGACGGCAUUGCAGAUGUGCUCACAGAAAGUAUGUUUCAGAAGGCAGUAAUCGCAACUGCAUUUAGCAUUGUCUUAAGCAAUUUUGGGCCAAUUGAUGACUGGACACAUUUUGGCGCAACUUGUGCAGGUAUUGCAUACGGCUUUUUCACAUGCCCAACUCUCCAGCUGGACAAUGCAUCUUCAAAGGGUGGUCAGGAAGAAGGAAUUACACUUGUCAGACGAUAUGUCAAUCCUUGCAAAUCAGUAAUUAUAUUCAUCAUCUUCAUUGUGGUCUUGAGCUCUUUGGUUUUCUAUUUUGAACCUCCACUUGACAUAGUGGAAGCCAACCUUGUGUAGAAAAAAAGAUUAUUACGAAUAGUAGGCCAGGUAUCACAAAUUAUGAUGUAAAAAAUAUAAGGAACACUAGAUUGAAGCCAGCAAUAUGGAGAGUAAUAUGUUUAGAGUCA